AUGGCAAGCAUAUGCGAAGAUCCAGGAAAAAGGUCGUGGCCAGAACUGUUGGAGAAAAAAGGAGAAUAUGCAAAAGAAGUGAUCGAAAGAGAGAAUCCCAAAAUGACAGCUGUUAUUAUUUUGGAUGGAACCAUCGUUCCUGAGAUAUUUAUUUGUGAUCGUGUUUAUGUUUGGGUCAACGAUUGUGGAAUCGUUGUUAAAAUUCCCGUUAUUGGUUAA